CGUAAGGGAAAAAAAAACAAGAUAAAAAGUUGUCGAAGAUAAGGCAUCGCCCGCCCCAUCCGCUCCCCUUGUCCCAAUCAGCCUCGAACAUCUCCGCCCAUGGAGGCCUCCCUCCGCUCCUUCCCCUCCUCCAAGCCGCCGACCCUCCGCCCCCUAACCCUAACCAAAUCUCGAGGCCUCUCCUUUAACGUCCCCAACCCCUCCUCCCGGCGCCUGCCGCGCAUUGCAACGAUCCGCGCCGCCAUCAGCCGGACCAAGAAGGAGGAGACGGUGGCGACGGUCAAGAAACAGCUCGAGAACUGCUACCUCGUCGCUGGGAUCCGCUACAAGGGCUUCACGGUGAAGCAGUUCCAGGACCUCCGCGACACCCUGCCGGACUCCGUCACGCUGCUGGUCGCCAAGAACACGCUGGUCGGCAAGGCCGUCGAGGGCACGCCGUGGGAGGCGCUGAAGCCCUGCAUGAAGGGAAUGAACGCCUGGCUCUUCGUGCACACCGAGGAGAUCCCUCAGGUCCUCAAGCCCUACCGCAGCUUCCAGAGGGCGCGCAAGCUCGACGACAACGACUUCGCGGGCGCAGUGUUCGAGGGGAAGUUUUACGGACCCGACGAGUUCAAGUCGCUCGAGACAAUGCCCAGCCGAGCCGAGAUCUAUGCGAAGCUUCUUGGUUCGCUGCAGAGCCCUGCGAUCUCGCUCGUCAGCACUCUGCAAGCCCCGGCCAGGGACGUCGUGCUCGUCCUCAAGGCUUAUGUCAAGAAGCUGGAGGAAGGGAGUGGCGCUGCCGCACAAUAGCCUUUGUCUCCGUAGUUUUCCCGGCGAUGACCUGUUUAAAUGUAUGAAGUAAGCGCACCAAGGAGAAAUGUUUUUUUCUUUUUUUUGUGGAUGGAAAUUGCACUACCAGUCGGCAUCAGAGCCACUUCAUAAGGAGCUGAUUGAACUGCGAGCUAAUUACAGAACAAAGGAGGGCAGGCACAAAUUUAUAUUGGGAACUAAGAUCGUCUGAGCACCUCUACCAUAAAGAAAAAAGCAUCUGAGUGUUGAGUUUGCCAUUCAAUUGUAUGCUAAAGAUGUCAUAUUCAUAGCAUAUUUAGUGCACUACUACAAGACUAUACGGCUUUCAAUUUCAAAACAAACACUUGAUCAAUCCUUAUCAACCUAA